AUGGUGCAGACGAAGAUUGUGGUGGUGAUGACCAGGACAGUUUGUCUAUGGCAAAUGCAGUGUCGCUUGCUCGAUCGACACGGUCACAAGUUGGCAAGGAGCUCGUAUGCUGUGAUCAACAAGGCACUGUGGCAACGAUACGCUUCGGUUUUUGUGGAAGAAUGUCUUGAGUUAAGCAACAAGCCCGACGUGGGUCUUAAGAGCCCUCGUGACGACGAGAUGGGAGCGGUGAUGCAAGGAUGGCUAGAAAAGCGCGGUUAG